GGGCCCGCGGGCGGGGCGGGGUCGGCCCAGCCGCAGCGCCCUCCCUCACAGCUGAAGUAGGUUGCGAGAAGGAGGCGGCGGCGGCUGCUACUCCGCAGCGUUUGGAAGAUGGCGCCGUCGGUGACGGAAAGGGGGCUGAAGAGCGUCGUGUGGCAGAAGAUAAAAACAACAGUAUUUGAUGACUGCAGGAAAGAAGACGAAUGGAAGAUAAUGCUUUUAGAUGAAUUCACCACUAAGCUUUUGGCAUCCUGUUGCAAAAUGACAGACCUGCUGGCGGAGGGUAUAACUGUUGUAGAGAAUAUUUAUAAGAAUCGAGAACCUGUCAGACAAAUGAAAGCUCUUUAUUUUAUUUCUCCAACAUCAAAGUCUGUAGACUGUUUUUUACGUGAUUUUCCAAGUAAAUCGGAGAACAAAUAUAAAGCAGCAUAUAUAUACUUCACUGACUUUUGCCCUGAUAGUCUCUUUAACAAAAUUAAGGCUUCGUGCUCCAAGUCAAUAAGAAGAUGUAAAGAAAUAAAUAUUUCCUUCAUUCCACUUGAAUCUCAGGUAUAUACUCUUGAUGUACCAGAUGCAUUCUAUUACUGUUACAGUCCAGACACCGGUAAUGCAAACGGAAAAGAUGCUGUAAUGGAAGCGAUGGCUGAGCAGAUAGUUACAGUAUGUGCCACCCUGGAUGAAAAUCCCGGAGUAAGGUAUAAAAGUAAACCUCUAGAUAAUGCCAGUAAGCUCGCCCAGCUUGUUGAAAAAAAACUUGAAAACUACUACAAGAUUGAUGAAAAGAGCCUAAUAAAGGGUAAAACUCAUUCCCAGCUCAUAAUAAUUGAUCGUGGCUUUGAUCCUGUGUCCACUGUCCUACAUGAACUGACCUUUCAGGCAAUGGCGUAUGAUCUACUGCCGAUUGAGAAUGAUACAUACAAAUAUAAAACAGAUGGGAAAGAAAAGGAGGCAGUCCUUGAGGAAGAUGAUGACCUCUGGGUCAGAAUUCGACAUCGGCAUAUUGCAGUUGUAUUAGAGGAAAUUCCCAAGCUUAUGAAGGAAAUUUCAUCAACAAAGAAAGCAACAGAAGGAAAGACAUCACUUAGUGCUCUUGCCCAACUGAUGAAAAAGAUGCCACAUUUCCGUAAACAGAUUACCAAGCAAGUUGUCCAUCUUAACUUAGCAGAAGAUUGUAUGAAAAAAUUCAGACCUAAUAUAGAAAAGCUCUGCAAAACUGAACAGGACCUGGCACUUGGAACUGAUGCAGAAGGACAGAAGGUGAAAGAUUACAUGCGAGUGCUUCUCCCAGUUCUCCUCAACAAAAGCCACGACAAUUAUGAUAAAAUACGGGCAAUCCUGCUCUAUAUCUUCAGCAAUAAUGGAACUACAGAAGAAAAUUUGGACAGGUUGAUCCAGAAUGUCAAGAUAGAAACUGAGAGUGACAUGAUUCGUAACUGGAGUUACCUGGGUGUUCCCAUCGUCCCCCCGUCCUCACAAGGCAAACCAUUGCGAAGGGAUCGGUCUUCAGAGGAAACUUUUCAGCUCUCUCGAUGGACACCUUAUAUCAAAGAUGUUUUGGAGGAUGCCAUUGAAAAUAGAUUAGACUCAAAGGAAUGGCCGUAUUGUUCACAGUGUCCAGCAGUGUGGAAUGGCUCAGGAGCUGUAAGUGCUCGCCAGAAACCCAGAGCUAAUUAUUUAGAGGACCGAAAAAAUGGGUCAAAGCUGAUUGUUUUUGUCAUCGGAGGAAUUACAUACUCUGAAAUGCGUUGUGCUUAUGAAGUCUCUCAAGCACAUAAGUCCUGUGAAGUUAUUAUUGGUUCUACACAUAUUUUAACACCCAAAAAGCUGUUGGAUGACAUAAAGAUGCUGAAUAAAUCCAAGGAUAAAGUCUCCAUUAUUAAGGAUGAAUAGUAUUUGUGGGCAGUGGCGGUUCUUACUAAUACUUUCAACUAAACUCCAAUUUGAACAGUGUAAAUAUUUUACAGAAUAAUGACUUUUCAAAUACAUUUCCUAAAGAACUGCUUCUGAUUACCUAUAACUGGAUUUGCCACUUUUAAUAAUUUAAGUAUUGUUAAUACUUUGCAGAUGAUAAGAACUAUUAAAAUGCUUUUAAAAGGAAAUUUUUUCACCUUUGGAACAAAAUAUAAGAGUUGUGGGUAAUUGUUCACAGCCGUCUGUGUACAUACUAAUUACUUAUUACUUGUUUUAUGUUGAAAUACAGUCUUUGGAAAAGAAUGAUUUUAAAUGAGAAGGUUAUAAAAUUAAAAACUGUAAAUGUGUAUGUAUGAUA